AAUGCACUGUGAACAGGGACGAAUGAGACGCCGAGUCACACACACACUCACCCCUUCACAUGCCUCUGUCACACACCUUCACCUUGUGCCACUGCUCCAUCUACACGUGCGCAUUCAGAGAGGUUGCCCCCCGACCACUGACUCCUCUCCACACAUUCAUGGACACCCCUGCGCCCCGACCGGACCGGACCACUGUCCCCCUCCAGCGGAGACACGCGCAUGAGACGCGCAAGUGAUCGGAGGGGUGAUGCCAGGGGAGCUGGAGAGAGAGCCUGGAAUCAAGGCACGCUCCAUUCAUCAAGGACCGCGUCCCUUGACAAGCUUGCAGACCUGAUAACACGGGCCGGACGGGAGUGCUUCUUCUGACUCGUCUUGCUCCGACGCGGUCACGGAUGGAGAAAUUUCACUGGUGAAGGACAGAAGGUGAAGGGGCUGAAAUCUGGACUGAUUUCUGUUUGGGCUCAUGAUGUGGCGGAUGGUUCGGUGUCCUUUUGGACUUGGUUGAGCUGAACUUGGCCGGAGCCGGAUUGCUCUCGGGGGAAUUGGAAAUGGCUCGUCCCAGCAGAAGAUCGGUGACUUCAAACCAAAAAAAUCAUCUAUUUCUUCACCUUCUUCACCUGCUUUCAUCGAAUCUCUACGGGAUUUUGAAGUAGCCACCCUUGUUUUCACAUCUUCCUCCUUAUUUCUUUGGACCGUCCUGAAUUGGAACCACCCCAACGUCUUCGUCCAAUCUGCAGCUUUCCCCUCAGCGGUGCUUCAACGUGCUGGGUGAGCGGGCGGUGGGGGUCGCCCGAGGAACCCCUGGACUCCUGGGCGCCACCGAGCCGCCAAAGGCCGGCGAAGAGGGGUAAGGCUCGGCGCUGGGAAGAUGGCCGCUCUCGCCAGCUCCCUCAUUCGCCAGCGGAGGGAGGUCAAGGACCCCCAAGCAAACCGGCAGAUUGCCAGCAAGCGCAAGCCGUGCCCGAAGAGCAACAAGUCGCUCUGCCAGAAACAAAUCCUCAUAUUGAUAUCGAAAGUUCGACUAUGUGGCAGUCGAGGGAGAAAAAUGGAAAAAAGACCGGAGCCCCAGCUGAAGGGCAUCGUCACACGACUCUACUGCAGACACGGAUUCUACCUCCAGAUGCUGCCGGAUGGCACCAUGGAAGGCACAAAGGACGAAAGCAGCUCCUUUUUGCAGUUCAACUUGAUUCCUGUGGGACUCAGGAUAGUGGCCAUCCAGAGCACCAAGACGGGGCUCUACGUCGCCAUGAACAGCGAGGGCUACCUCUACACAUCGGAACACUUCACGCCGGAGUGCAAGUUUAAGGAGUGCGUCUUCGAGAACUACUACGUCACAUACUCGUCCAUCCUGUACCGGCAGACCCAGUCGGGGCGAGCCUGGUACAUCGGCAUCAACCGGGACGGUCAGGUCAUGAAGGGAAACCGUGUCAAGAAGACUAAGGGUGCUGCUCACUUCCUGCCCAAACUCAUCGAAGUGGCGAUGUACAGGGAGCCGUCCUUACACGACGUCGCCGAACAGAGUCCGCCCAGAAAAACGCCGAAGACCUCCAGUGACUCGCCCGUGCUUAACAACGGCAAGAAAGAAGCUCAGUCCAAAACCAAAACCUCCUCCUCCUAGCACCGAGAGACGCGGCACGGAGGACAGGCUGGACGACGCCGGGCGGCGCUCACCAGCGGACAGCAAACCUUGACUCGGGAUGUGGACCUGAAACGUCCGGGUGUUCAAAGGUCCAUGCAGGGGGAUGCUGGGAAAGGGGAAGACCCCUUUUGUCUUCUACCACACCAGCCCUCCACCUUCUUGCCCUCUACGGUCAGCUGAACCUGGGGUGUAAUAGCAAUAACUCAGUGUAGAGCUGAACAGUGGCCUAGUGUUUUAAAGCAUGUCACCACAGCCUGUCUCACCAGCUGGAAGGACGCCCUCCAGCCGUCACGCCAGCGAGAAACCCUCCGGUCAACCAAAUAUCCCAGCAAGGUCUUCCUGGUUCCACCACGACGGGUGCAACGAGAAAAUCUGUCCCCCCGCAGCACAUUCUUCACAAAUGGGUUUUUAUCUCCCUGCAGGGUUUUCUGCUAAUGUUAGCUUGACACAAAGCCAUGUUAAUGUGAGGCUGUCACACUGUUUCAGUUCUGCGGCCAUCUGCUGCGUCCACAUCUUCUGUUUGCGUCAGCAACUUUCAAAGAUGGCCUGAAGUCUCGUCAGGCGAGUGUGUGUGAAUGUCUGUGAGGGGGCGCGUGUGUGUAUGUAUAUAUCGCAGUGUUUUCUGUUCUUUUUCACUCACCUUUGGCACAAUUUGAUUAGUUUGUGACAUGGACUCAAUUUUCCACUCUGAGGCACAAUAAAAUUCCCUCCCGUCCCUCUGGCUCUGCUAAUGGAGUCAGAGGCUGAUCAGAAUCUUUCGACCCUUAAACAAGCAGCCAAUCACUCCCUCGACACACUCCGUAACCAGACACACACACACCCACACACACACACACACACACACACUCUCAUAUGUAUUCUGUUGUACUUACAGAUGAAAAUGAUCUCAUGACCAUUACGAUGACAUGCAUUCACUCAGUGGCAGCAGGUGUGAGAUGAUGGAAGACAUAAUGAGUCGUAAUGGAGCCGUUGUGAUUGCAUUGCAAUGGCUUUUCUUUUGCACAAACCCUCCAGGGCAACAUAGCAUCUGCAUGUCAUUGCUGCCAAACUAAAUAUGCUGGUUUUUUAUUUUUUUACGAAUCUAAACUGUGCUACAAACGCGUGUUGAGCUGCAUUUGCAGAUUAUCAAACACGCUGUCAAAAGGUCAAGCAUUUUGUUGACCAUGCUCACGUCACUGACCAUGUUGGAGUCGGUUCAACUCGUCCACAUUAGUUUUAUGGAUAUUUAAGCCCCACAUCGGUCAGUUAGCAUCCAUGAGAACGGGACGCUGAUGUUUGAUUAUGUUGGUGAUGAGACAAAUGGCAAUUCAUGCAGCUAUGCAGACUGUUUCUUUUUAUUAAAUAGUUUAAGUUUAAGACAAAAACAUCAAGCGUAAAUAAUUUGAUUAGAGAAGUGAGUUGUUAUUGUUUUAGUGUCUAUUAGCAGCAGACAACAGACAAAAAUCAAGGUGAAAAUUAGCAACGGGGAGUCAAAGAAACUCAUUUAAGAAACGGUUCCCAAAACUCAAGCUAAUAAUAAUUUAAAUAUAAGCUAAUGGACACCCUAAGUCAAGCUAAUAGCUAGGCAGUUGAGCUAGCAACUUUUUGACCUAACCGCUGUUUGGAGUUAGCCCAGCUGCAUAGAGAAAUAACCUCACAAUUACCGAAUAAGAAAACUUAUUGCUACUCAAAGCUGAGCUAACAGCUACCUGAAUUUAUAGCUACUCAGAGUCAAGCUAAUAGGUCAGAGUUGAGCUAACAGCUAUCCAGAACCAAAUUUCUCAGAACCAAGCUAACGAUUUUUCAGAGUUGAGCUAGCAGUCACUCAUAGUAAAGCUAAUAGCUACUUGUCAAGAUAACAGCUAUCCAGAGUCAAACCAACAAUUUUCCGGGGCCAAGUUAAUAACUACUCGGAGUUAGCAGUCACUCCAAGUUUAGCUACCAUUUAUUCAGAGUCUAGCUAGCAGCUCCUAGUCAAGUGAACAGCUAUUCAUAACCAAACAUACUAUUUUCUAACGCUGAGCUAACAGCUACUCAUAGUUGAGUCAAUAGCUAUUCACAGUCAAGAUAACGGCUGAGAGUCAAAAUAACAGCUACUCAUAAUUGAGCUAACAGCUACCUAAAGUCAAAUUUGCAUUUACUCAAAGUUAAUGCUACAUUUACAACAUGGUGCAGUUCGGUUUGUAAACGACCUCCAGGGGAAACGAGCCAUUAGAUUCAAGCUAGCAUUUACUCUCAGAAUCAAACUAGCUGCUCAAAUCAAGGUGAAAGCUACACAAUUGAGCUAACAGCUAACCAGAGUUACGCUAACAUCUACGUAGAGUGUAGCUAACAGCCACUCAGAGUUUAGAAGUUGUCUAGUAGCCACUUAAAGUGGCACUAGCGACUAAUUACAAUCAUUCUAAUAAUUGUCCAGAACAGAGCCUGAUGGAAGAAAUAUUUUCCAACUUUGAAACCCAUUGUCACUCUAAUUGAGCAAGUUCUCUCUAAUAUUUUAUUAUUUAUCCAAAGUUAAGAACAAAAGUUCUUUUCUGCCUCCACAUUCAAGGUAACUUAAUUAUUUUCCUAACUUGGGUUCAUGUAGAUAAAUUUAAGGGCUGGAUCAUGUGCAUGAACCGCAAGGGACGGCAGUGACUUUCUUUUUUAUGGUCUUAUUACGUUUUUAUUGUCAUAAACACUGAUAAAGAAGUCAUUUUUUUAGCCGUCUAGUUUUACAGUGUGGUAAUAAUGUUCAAGGUGAUAUUUCACCUAUGCGGACUUCCAUAUGUGUUGAAACGGGUCAACGUUCCCACAAACUUUACUCUGCAUGACCUCCAUGUUUACCGGCAUUUAAACAUUAUUAACGAAACUUAAAACUUAAAUCUAAACUGUUUAUUAUUUUACAACAAAAUAAAUAGAUGUCAUCAAAUGGGAUGAUGGGAACUGGAGACAUAAUUAAAUAAUUUUUUCUACAUUAAACUUUCUUGGUACAAUUUGAUCAAAAGAGUAAUUGUUUAUAGCAUAAAAGUAAUGUAUUAUAGGAAAUGAGUGGAAGUAAAGCAACGCAACGUAGAAGAUGUGGGUGAAGAAAAAUGGAUUGUUUAAAGGAGGCAAAAGGACAUUUUAGAGAGGGUAAUUAAUGUUGAUAAGCAGAACAAGAAGAGAUUGAAGAGGGAAUUACUGCACUGGACGGACGCUCUUUUUUGCACGUUUCUCCUUCCAUGCAUAAUCUUUUGCUCCCUUGAACCUGUAGUUGUAAAUAAUAAUAAGUGAUAACCAAAUCGGGCAAAGCGCUGAGCAAAGUAAUCUGCUACCUGGGAGAUAAAGCUUUCCAGAGAAAAUCGAAAACAGUUAGGUGAUGAGUAAAAAGUAAAAGAGGAAAAUAUACUAGGAGACAAAAUGAGGAAGCAAAGAAGAGAGAAAAGAGUUUCAUAAUUCAGCGUCUGUUGAUUUCUUUUUUUUAUUCAAGCUACAUUUAAAAGCUCCUUUAAUUAACCACCAGCUUUGGUUUGGUUGUGUUUAACACACGGCCUCUAUGGAUCUCUGUAUUCAAUGCUUUGCUAAGUAAUUACUUAAAUGUUUCAUUAAAUGGGGCUUCCUCCAGUUUAUCAGGUUAGUAUAAACUGGGUCUGAAUAAUGUUUGGUAGAUACAUGGAAAAAGUUAAUCAAAAUGACAGUAAUCUUAUUGUGAAGUUUGGAAAUCAAAGAUUGAUUCAAGUUUGAGAAAACCUGCUAAAGGCUAAAACUUUUGUUUAAGAGAUUUAUUUUCUUUUAAACAAAAGUCUCAUAUUUAAUUAAAUUUACAGGAUUUAUCAGAUAUUUUAUUGUAUGCGGGGGUAAUCCACAGAUUUCAGAUAACUAUAUAUUUUUACCUGUAAAGACAUUAAUAAAACCCAUGUGACAUGUUAGCAUAGCAAAGAAUAAUUGAUAUUACUAAUAGAAAUUAAAAAUAGAUGUUUUUUGUUCCCUGAACUUCCAGAUUAGUUUUGUUUAAGAAUGAUUCACCAUUAGCUUAACUCAUAGCUGUUAGCUAUGAUCACUUCGUUUAGCUUGACUCUUAGUAAGUAGAACGUAAGUUUAGCUGUUAGCGCCAGUAACAGCUUGAUUCUUACACAGUUAAAACUUAACUUUACAGUUUCACAUUGAAUCACUGUUUAUUCUGAGUAGCUGUGAGCUUCAUGUUAGUUUAAGUAGCCAUUAGCUUGAUUCUGGUUAGCCGUUAGCCUGAUUCUGCGUAGCCAUUCGCCUCACUCUGUUAGCUUGGAGCUGGACUUUAUUUACCUGUUAGCUUAACUACAGGUAGUUGUUAUAUUUUGAGUCUAAUCUUAACUCUUAGCUGUUAACAACAACUAAGAAUCAUGUCAGAAGGCCAGAUUUUAAAUCACUGGCCUCUCCAUGUUAACUCUGCACUGUUCUGGUUUAUAUUUAAAAGCUAUAUUAUAGAAAAAUAUAACAACAUUCAGCAUAUUUUAUUUUAAGACAAAAUGAUUGUAGAGUUUACAUUUUAAACUCCUGUUAGCAUCAUAUAUUAGCAUUUAGCAUAAUGUAGAUUCUUACCUUGACUCUAAAAUCUCCAAAGGCUACCAACAUUUCCAAAUCUGGCACAAGUAACUUUUCAGUGAACUUUUAAAACGAUGUAAAAAAAAUAGAAGAAGAAAAUUCGAACUAACUGUGUUUCCGUGUUCUGGUUUGAAGCAGAUCAACCGGGCUACACAAAGCGUGACGCUACGCAUGGCUGUAAUAAACAGGAAGCAGAGGAUGAAAACUAGCAUGGACCUUAGAAAAACAUGGAGUCCUGAGCCGGAGGUUUGGACAUUUUUCUGAGUUUUGUUCCUCUGAUAAGGCAGAGAGGCCCUCCAGUGGGUGGGAACGUUCUGUACAUCACAGAUUAUUCAGCAAAUAUGUUUCCAUCUUUUUGGAAAAGCCAAAAACCAUCUAAAGUGAAAAUAAAAACUUCUCUACAAAAUUAAAGAAGGUUUUUUUGUUUUUCAGAUUUAGCUGUUUCCAUUAACUGACUCUUCAAAAUUGUAGAUCAAAUGGCGCCCCCUAGCUGUUAUGCCUUUGGCCUUCCUGUUAUCUACUGGUAGUUUCUCUCUUCCAGCAUGAAUGAAUCUCAUGCAUUUCAGCAGUAAAUACAUAUUUUUAUAUAUGAGACUCUGUGAUUGGAGGGUUAUUAAUUUAUUUUGAUUAUCACAUCAUGACACAUUUCUGGAUCAUUUAUUGCGAGUGGAGUGCAUGAUUGCAUGAGCGUGCGUUUUGCCUCCCCAAACCUUCAGGCCAGUCACACCAUGUAAAGUUUCCCAUCUAUCGGAGGUUUGAUUGGUGAACCGACGGCUGAAUUUACCGCCUUUAGCGUCUCCGGGUUUCAGACUCCCAAAACGUUAAACAUCUUCCCCUCGUAAGAGUUUGGCGUCGCCGUUUGUCCGAAUGAAAGGAGUGGAUGUGAGCGGAUAUCGAAAGCGAGUUAAAUGAUGUAUAUCUGAUUCAGCCGCUCUCUUAACACACACCUCUCUCCCCGGGGACUCCCUUCACUCCCGUUUCUCUCGAGUCAGGGCCUCCCUCUGCUUACAGAGCGAAUUACAGCUGCAGAGAGGGAGGGUCACACACGGUUUUUCUGUUUUCGAGGGACUCGGAGAGGCGAAGCUUCCAAUAAAACUCACCUUCCCUUUAACCUGGAGGCAGAGCGAGUGUGCGAGACGCCUGGUGUGAAAUUUUUGUAUACAUGUGAGAAAUUGAAAUCAAUACGCGCGGGUCCUUGGGCGGAAAGCAAUAAAGUUCAUUAACAAGGUGCAGCCACAUCAUCUGGAGGAAAAAACUGUGUGUAUUUAUUGCAGCUUUUAUUUUUUCCCUAACGUUUUGUCCCUUUUGGUGUGGCAGCUGUUUAAGUGUGCGUGCAUUAGUUUGAGGUGGAGUCCCUCCGCCACAUCUGCAAUGCAGCAGAAAACACAAAAAAAAAAGAAAAGGAGAGAGGGAGGAAGAGAGAGGCUCUGACUCAGACCGACUUUUGGUUUAGCUGCUUCAUUAAAGUGCUUUUACACUGGAAUCCAGAGUGCCUACUGUCACAUCCUGUGUAGCAACACAUUAACUUCACGUGAAUACAUUUUUAAGGCACAUGUGCAUCGCUCUCAUCCACCAGGACGACGGCCGGGGAGGGACUCCACCUCUUAGCAGCUUACACACUUUUUUUUAUUUGAAACUUUGAACUCCCUCCUUACCUGUCCCUGGCUGUUUUGACUGUAUUUUAAGGCAAUAUCGAUUGUGAUGUUGGUAUUUAUUGGUGGAAUUACUGUGAAUUGUGUCGACAUUGUAAUUCCAUGUUCGGUCUAGAUAUGUGUGAUUUUCUUUUGGUUCAUUUGGUGUCUAACGUCAUGCUGAUCUGGUUUUACUGACUUUUAAAAUUGUGUGAAUUUAACCUCAAGUGCACAAGAAGAAACAACAGGAUCCUGUCUGACUUUAUUUAUCAAACCAGAACCCAGACGAAAUGGACUAAAAGAACCGUUAGAAGGCGUUUUCUGUGUCUUGGCUGCUUCAGUACAUUUAAUAUCUCAAGAUCUGGAGAUUGACUGGACCAUUGUGACACCUUGAUUAUUUUCUUUUUGGUCAUUAUGUUGCAGGUUUCUUGAUUCUGGGACAAUAGUCCUGUUUAUGACCAACUUUGGGCCAAAUUGUAACUUUAAAAAUGGAAAUUACUCAAGUUGCGUUUCCAUUACAAAUAUCAAUAUUCCACUAAUGACGAAAAACACAAUCUCGCAAUUUUGGUGUUUCCAUUAAAUAAACACAAGUAAAAUCCUGUGAAUAAGUUUGUUCACGCCAUCCGACACUAAAAAAACACGCCGCACCAUUAUCCUUUAACUACUUCCUGUCAUGACUGUUUUCGCCAGUAGAAACAUCCAGUUAUUGAACACACGACAUGAAAACAGAAAACAAUAUGGCCAAAUAAAAUACAGUAAAGAGUUUAUUGAAACUGGCAUAUUUUCAUUAAGCAAAUUUAUAUUUUCAAUGCCAAAUUGCGCAAUUAUAUGGAAAGAGGAAACGCAGCAAACGAGAUUUUUUUUCACACCUGAUAGACUUGGUUCUGUUGAUUAGCUUGGGCGGUUUGAUUUCACACUGCACUAUGUCCAACGAUCCAAACCCUUUGAAAAACUCUUGGUUCCAAGGGCUUGGAACCAAACCAAACCAACCCAUGUUGGUUCCAAAACCACCCAAUAUGGUUUCAAAGGGUCGGUUCCUUUAGAACCAAACCAAACCAACCCAUGUUGGUUCCCAACAGUUUGAAACCAAUGCCGAUAUGGACAUAAAACGUUUCCUAUGGACUUCUUCUUUGUUUAUUAAAUAUAGCCAGUGUGGAUCCUGUUGAGAGUUUUUUAUGUAGUCUUGAUGUUAAGUAUGCAUUAAUUUUAAAACCAGGUAAAGAUCAAAUAGUUUUCCUGAUUCUCUAACAUUAAAAGAGGGUGUACUUUCUUUUCACCAUGUGUUUUGCCUCCACAUUGUGGCAUAUGUGAGUAUGAAACUUUAACUUAUAGAGGAAACGUUUCAUACUGACCAACCGUCAUCAGUCUACAAACACCUUCUUCAUGUUAUUAUUUUCUUUUAACUGUUGUGUGAGUCUUCCAGAGAAACCGUAAAGAAAUCAUUGCAAACGUUUUGUUUCAAUUCCCGUCUUCCAAAUGCAAAAAGAGUGCUUCCAGUUAUCAAAGCCACAAUGAGACUAUUUUUAUAUUCUACUGGGGCAAAAAAGUACAUAUAUCUAAAUAUAUUCCUUCUAUAUAUGUGUAUCCAUGCAAGCGUGCCGGGGAAAACGGGGCGACUCUUCCUGUUUCCAGCUGGGUGGAAAAACGGCGCUAAUCUCUGCCAUCCAGACCUACGGAUCAUUGGGGAAAAAGGAGCUAAAAGGGGAUCAUUGAGAGAGCCUUGGAGCUCAGACUGCAUCCAAGUGGAGGGACUGUGAGCAUGCAUGCGCUGAUCAUUUACUGGACAGGAGUUACCCAGUAUUUACUCUUUGAGCCCCUUUAACCACCUAAUCUUCUUCUCACUAUCCCAAACUCUCUGCAUUUGCAAUAUGAUCUGUAUUUAUUUCUAUAAUAACUUACACAAAGUCAACGGAGAUGUAUUAUUGGAUAUAAUUGAAUAAAACAAACUAAUAUAUUUGUAUGAUUGUAA